UUUACACCGCACCUCAUGCUGUAGUGCGGUGUAAACUAAUCAGGAAAAGCCUGUUUAGUUGUACAGUUUUGUGGGAGGAGAGAUAGUCAAACACCCGCUUGUCACAUGAUUGCAAAGCACUUAUUACAAGUUCGGACUGCUGACCGUUGUACCUUGUGUUUAAAACUCGGCUGUGUAGGAGUUAAUCACUUACCAACCAACUGUAUGCAACAUGAAUGUAUGUACCCGUCAUACCAGUAAAUAGACGGCUGCAGCUGGACGGUAUCAACUGCUGCUCCUGGAUUUAGACCCCGAAAAAUAUCAGUGCCCAUGAAAGCAGUUGUUUCUGUCUAUGUCUCUGUUAAAACAGCAGCCUUGUGCCUUAUAGCUGCAAGGGGAGGCGCUCGAUGGAUUUCCAAAGAUUAUGCACUUUUGAAAGUUUCAAGCAGGUCUGGAGUCACUACGGUUACGGGGGAAACUUGAAAGACGUGAUUGAGCAGGAGUUCGCACGGAUUAAAGGAAUAACAUAUCUGGAUCAUGCAGCAACUACUCUGUACCCUGAGUCUCUCGUCAGGAACUACUGCCAGGACAUUUCAAGGAAUGUGUACGGAAAUCCUCACAGCCAUAACCCCAGCAGCACACUGACACAUGACACCGUGGAGAGGGUCAGAUACAGGGUAUUGCAGCAUUUUAACACUACCCCUGAGGAGUAUUCUGUGAUUUUCACUUCUGGUUGUACGGCUGCUCUCAAAUUAGUGGCUGAGAUUUUUCCCUGGAGGCCACAGACUGUGAGUGAAGCAGGGAGUCACUUCUGCUACUUCACUGACAGCCAUACCUCUGUAGUUGGUAUAAGAGGACUGACUUCUGCCCGGGGGGUAGUUGCCCUGCCUGUCUCCCCCCAGGAAGUGGAAAACCGAGCAAAGGAUGAGGCUCAAGGUGAAGAUGUUAUUUGCCAGACGCCACACCUCUUCUGCUACCCAGCACAGAGCAACUUCUCUGGGAGGAAGUAUCCUCUUAGCUAUGUGCAAGGCAUCCAGGCGAGACGCCUUUACCCAGCAUGUGACCACCAGGGCCGUUGGUUUGUGCUGCUUGAUGCAGCCUCGCAUGUCAGCUGUUCCCCUCUAAACCUAAAGGACUGUCCUGCUGAUUUCAUUCCCAUCUCCUUCUACAAGAUGUUUGGCUUCCCUACGGGUCUGGGCGCCCUUCUUGUCCAUAAAGACGCAGCGGGCAUACUAAAAAAGACUUACUUUGGAGGAGGCACAGCAGCAGCUUAUCUUUCUGGAGAAGAUUUUUAUGUACAUGCAGCAAAUAUUUCUGACAGAUUUCAAGAUGGGACUGUUUCUUUCUUGGACAUCAUUGCUCUAAAUCACAGUAUUGAAGCUCUUGACAGGAUCACAGGUGGUAUGCACAACAUCCAGCAGCACACGUUUGGCUUGGCACGCUACACUUACAUGCUGCUGUCAAGUCUUUGCCAUGGCAACGGACGACCAGUGGCUCAGAUAUACACUGAAGGCCAGUUUGAGAGUCCAAGCACACAGGGCGCAAUCUUAAACUUCAACAUCAUGGAUCCUCAUGGGCAGAUAAUUGGAUAUACUCAGGUGGACAGAAUGGCCUGUCUGUACAAUAUUCAUGUGCGCACAGGUUGCUUCUGUAACACUGGAGCCUGUCAGUCUUUUCUUGGGAUCACCAAUCAGCAAAUGAGGAGAAAUCUGCAGGCCGGCCAUGUCUGCGGAGACAGCAUUGACCUGGUGGACGGCCAGCCGACCGGAUCUGUUCGCGUGUCCUUUGGCUACAUGUCAACAUUUGAAGACUGUCAGAAGUUCCUGAACUUUGUUGCUGAGUGCUUUGUGGAGAAACCAGUCACAGUGGACCAAGUGAGACUAGAGAAGCUUAAAACAGCCGCAGAAGUAUCCCAAGGCUCAAAUGAGGAUCCUCCGAUCAAAAUCACAAAUGGAGAAAUAUGUAAAGUAGAUGAGAAGAAGAAGCCUACAGAAGUGCCACAGAGAGGGUUUGGACACAGAGAGUCAAACAGCCACAGGGAGGCUUAUACUCUGACCAACAUCUACAUAUAUCCCAUCAAAUCUUGUGGAGCACAUGAGGUACACGGCUGGCCAGUGGGACCGCUGGGUUUACUGUAUGACAGAGGCUGGAUGGUGGUGAAUAGAAACGGUGUGUGCCUGAGUCAAAAGAGAGAGCCGCGUUUAUGUCUCAUUCGCCCAAAAGUCCACGUGCCCUCAAACAGAUUGUUCCUGCAGGCAUCAGGGAUGGAUACCAUUUCGGUUCCCCUGGAAAACAACACUCAAAUGCACACUAGCCAUGACGUGUGUCAGAGUAAAGUUUGUGGUGACAGGGUGGAGACUGUCGACUGUGGGGAUGAGGCUGCAUCAUGGCUUUCAGACUUCCUUGGACAGCCAUGCCGUCUGAUAAGACAAAGUCCUGAUUUCACCCGAGACAUGAAGAAGAGGCCUAGUGGAGCUUCCACCUCCACGUCCCUCUCCCUGGUGAAUGAAGCUCAGUAUCUCAUGAUCAACCGUGCCAGUGUGGAGCUCAUUCAGAAACUAAUGAGCAGCAGGCAGGACGAUUCUGAGGGUGAUCAGCUCCUCGACACACAGAAUGUCAUUAGCCGCUUCCGAGCCAAUUUAGUCAUCGCUGGAAUAGAACCAUUUGAGGAGGAUAAUUGGUCACACUUGAUUAUUGGCAACAUUCGAUUCAUGGUCGCAGGUCAGUGUGGAAGGUGCCAGAUGGUUGGAGUAGACCAAGACACUGGGACCAAAACAAAAGAGCCACUAUUGUCUCUGUCAGCCUACCGCACCAGGAAGGUAACAUUUGGUGUGUACCUGACCCAUCAGCUGCCAGGGGGCUCCGCUACAGCAAAUGUCCUCUCUGCUGGUUCCUUCAUACAGCCACACAGUUCUUGAAGUGCUCAUCUGUAACAUCCUCUUAUUUUAACUGACUCCUUUUUGUCCUAAGUGGUCAUUGCUGCACUGCAUGUCCUAAAGUUCACCUGUCAAACACUGUGGGGACUUUCUAUAGAUGCUGCUCUUUUCUUUGAGCGUGAAGCCCUGUCCUUUUCAUACCAGGACAUUCAGAUUUCAUUUUAUCUAAGUCUGUUUUGAUGGGAAAUGAAUGAGAUUUUUUGAUUCCACCCCCACCCCCGGUGGUUCUGUCUUAGAAUGUGUGAAAAAAGUAGAUAUGAAGUAUAAUUAUAAUUUGAAUGUAUUACAAACCAAAACAUGUCAGGCUUGAGGCAAUAAUAACAGGCAGUUCUCCCAGGCAUUUCCUCCUCUGUUCAUUCCCACGGAAGAUUAUUUAUUCCAAACACACCAUCAGGGUUACAGCUGCCACAAAUCUAAAACAUAUUGCUCUCUGUGAUGGGAAGACCUCCCAGUCACGCAGUGCUCCCAAAGUGCUGCAAAUUUGGACAGAUUUAAUGCCAGAAAAAGUUCUAAUUUGAUGUAAAGGGGACAAAACAUUUGUAUUACCUGAAAAUUGGUAAGGUUUACCCAGAGUCAUAUGAUUGUACAAUAAGUCCAUGUGUGCUCAACUGAUCUGUCAAGGUCUGGCAGUAAAUUUGCUUCUGCAGAUUGCUCACUUGUGUUGUAGUUAUAGGAACAGCGGCAUGAGGAGGUUGCAGUGUGUCCCAAGGUUUUGUAUUGCUUGUAGCACGUUUGCACUGCUUGUAGCAUAUAACAUGUUAAAUGGUACAGAGAAAUCAUAUGUAUAAUUGUAUGCACAGAUUGGAUAGGGUCAAAAGGUAGAGAAUGAUAAGUUGGAUUCCAAACAGGAAUCAGGAACAGGAAAGUUCAAGUUAAUAUAGAGAUGGAUGACAAAUUAAAAGAAGUACAUGAAGCGAAGUGUCCUAUCAAAGUGUUGCAAGUCGCUCAAAUUCUGAACUGAACUGAAGGAAUGAGCACAAUUCUUCCAAAAGAUAUUCCCAUAGGCCAUAGGAUAUGCUAUGUAAUUAUUACCCUUCAUUGAUGCAUUUCACAUUUUAAAGUUACUCUGUGCACUCUGACAAUGAAUGUUGUUGAGAAGUUCUAAUUGUUUCUAAUCGGUGAUUUCUAUUGUUAUAUGUGCAUGUUUUAUUUAUUUACUGAAAUAAAAUGAAUUAAAGAACACUAAAUAAGAAA